AUGAGUCCGUCUGCCACUUCUGUCGCCAGAGUGGCCACAUCCGCGCUGCCUGCCCUGUUUUGCAACGAAGAGGAGACCACUUUUGAGGAGGCACUGGAUGAGUACGAAUCGAGCAAGAAGGCUAUUGAGGAGCCCAAUACUGCCAACGCUCAACGCCGUACCCGCGAGAAUAACCAAGAGAAGCGCCAUAGAUCCACUCCCACCAUCCAUGAUGUCGUCGAGCAGCAACUGCAGCAUCAAGCCGCCGCCGCCGCCGCUCAGCCUGCCAACAAGCAAAAGGGGUCCACUGGCCGCCCGAGACGCAGUUCAACGACUGAAGCGAUGGAUGUCGAUCCCAAGGCUCUCCAGCGUACUCCCCAGAGUAGCUAUGCUUCCAAGCAUGCGCCUCUCGAUGUGUCUCUCCACAUGCAUGUGGAUUCCCAAGGUAGUAGUGCUGCCAACGCUGAUUUUUCGUCUGACGUGCUCCCUCUCUGCCGUCAUUCCGUGAGCUCGACGUCUAUGUCGCAGACUCCAGUGUAUCAUGCCGCCCAUAGGGCUUAA